AUGGACGAGGAGACGAUCACCGUGGUGGAGGGCGAGGAGGAGUGGCGCCUGCUCCUUGAGACUGCUGGCGAUCGCCUCGUGGUGGUCGACUUCCACGCCGUGUGGUGUGGGCCGUGUCGGGUGGUGGCGCCCGUGUUCGAGCGCCUCAGCCGCGAGUACGCCUCCGCUGCCGUCUUCCUCAAGGUCGACGUCGACCGCAACUCGGGCAUCAGCUCGGCGUGCGGAGUCACCGCCAUGCCCACCUUCCAGUUCUACAAGAACGUAGCGCUCGUGCAAGAACUGCGGGGCGCGAACGCAGCCGAGCUCGAGAGGCUGGUGAGCCUCCACGCGGGCGAGGCGGGACCUUCGACCGCCCCCGGCGUCGUCACGAAGCGAUUCAAGUCCUUCCCACCGGACUUGUAUGCCAUCUUUGAAGGCGAGCGCAACAUCGAUUCGGUGUGGACCAAAAUCCUCCAGUUCAAUGGGCAGCUUCUCGGCAAGGAGGGCCACAUGACGGGUAUAACCACCCUCGCGCAGCUCAAGUCGCUCUUCACGCUCACCCAGAACGCGCGCUACUUUGGCACUGUGGUUCCCGAAGCGGGCCUCGCGCUUCUCGACCGCCUUCUCGCCUCGUGGCCCGCCUCCUCCGCAUUCCCCCUGCUGGACAUCCUGCGUCGGGUGGUGCUGAUCGAGUCGGCGGCCGAGCACUACGCCCGCAUGGCGGCGGGCAGCGGCGGUAGCAUGGAGCGAGUGCUGGGGCUGCUGGCCGACGGCAGCGGCUCGGGCCUGGGCGGCGUUCUCAUGGGCGUGCGCUUCCUGGCCAACUGCUUCUACCACCGCUCCACCCGCAAGCUCCUGGCCGGCCACGUCACCGCCCUGGGGCUGGUGAAGCAGUUCAAAGCCCACGACAACAAGCAGGUUCGGCUCGCGGUGGCCACGUUCCUCCUCAACUAUGUGAAAGCGUCGGCGUGCGACAAGGAGGGAUCCGGCGAGGAGCCCCAACACACCCUGGCGACUAUCGCUUCGUGUUUGGCGGUGGAGUCAGAAGACGAUGCCAAGCUGCGGUUUGCGCUGGCCCUCGGGUCGCUGGUGUCGGCCCAGCCCAGCCUCAAGGCCGCGGCCAAGAGCGAGCUGGCCUUCUUUGGCCUCCCCGCGGCGCCCACCGCCGCCACCCCGCUCGGCCUGGCCCUCUCCGAGCUGGCCCAGCUCCUCGCCGAAGACUGA